AUGGCGUAUCAAGUUAAAGUUCAACGCUUUGUUCUAAGGGGAAUCUUUGUCACAAUUGUAGCUAUAUUGACCUUUGGUGCUUUUGCAGCUCUGGCUUAUACUACUGCGAUUUAUUUCCUUCAACAAACACAUAAAACAUCUUCGAAAAUCUUUAUAGUUGGCCUAGUACUUGCAAUUGUCCUAACAAUCAUAACGAUCCUUAAUUUAGUUGUGACUUGGAUAAAUAAAUACUGUUUAGCAAUAUUAACAUUCGUUUUAUCACUGAUAUCGUUCUUUAUUGCCGUUUUCUAUAUUGUUAUCUUCAUGACACCUUGCAUAUCAGUUGUCUAUUCCGCAAUAAAGGCAUUUUACAAUUCAGAAUCAGCAGCACCACUUUACGCGAAGUUCGAAUCAGUUUUAGAUUGCAAGGGCUAUGAGCUCACUGCAGAUAUGCCUCCAGAUACAUACGUUUGCAAAGAGGCCGUAAAAAAGUUUUUCGAUAAUAAUACGGCUUACAUUUACACAUUCUUUAUCUGCUUUGCUAUUCUUACUGUCAUUGCAUUGUUCUUGUCAAUCGAUGCAUUACAUGUCCUUAAAGUUGCUUCUAGAGUUGAAGCAAUGUCUGAAUCCGGCGAAUUGCAAGAAGAUCCGACUGAACACGACGAUCCAGAGAAUCCAAAGUCAGAUGACAAGCAACUAGCUGAGAAUCCAAAAGAAAAGCGAAAUAAAGUCGAACCGAUAGAAGAAGCUGAAGGAAAGAGCGACGUAAUCCAAGAAAAACCUGCACAGAAGAAGGUAACUCCAAAGAAGGAAACAGGAAAACUUUCAAAUCCAAAGAAAUCUCAGAAAUCUGUUCAGGAAGUUUCCGAUGAAGAACCAGAGCCACCAAAGAAGAAACCGGUCAAGAAACAACAAAAAGUCGUAAAAAUCUCUUCAGAUGAGGAAGAAUCAGAUGAAGAACCAGAACCACCGAAGAAACCGGCCAAGAAGCAGAAAAAGCCUGUAGUAUUUUCUUCUGACGAAGAAUCAGAGCCUCCUAAGAAGAAGCCAGCUAAAAAGCAACAAAAAGUUGUAAAAAUCUCAUCAGAUAAGGAAAAUGAGGAAGAGGAAGAACAACCAGCACCAAAGAAAAAGAAGAAUGUAAUACAGAAAAAGCAAAAGCCGAAGAAAGUUGUUUCUGAAUCAGAAUCCGAAGAAACUGAAGAAACCGAAGAAGAUCCAGUUCAGAAAAAGGCCAAACUGAACCAGAACAAAUACGGAAGCAUCGUUAUUCCUCAGAGACCAGCAAAGAAGGCACAGAAAGUUGUUUCUGACGAAGAUUACUAUUCUGAAGAAGAUUAA